UGUGUGGAAUUGAAUCGCCCCACCAAUAACCUAGAAAUUGUAAAAACGAUAACUUCUCUAAACAAACCUUGUACCAGAGUUGCAAGCACUCAAGUGACCCGUGGGCAGUUAUCACAGUUGUUGCCUCUGAGAAUUAUCUUCUUCGCCGCUUCCCCCCCGAGUACACUCAUUCAACUGGUCUCUCAAAACCACAGCAGAUUGACUAGUCUUAAAAAUGCAGCACAGAGAUUCGGGUGAACAUGGAGAAGGAGGAGCAUCAGCAAAUGCAAAUUCAGUUGCUUACAAACUCCACAAAAUGCAACACACAUUUGAAGACAUACUUUUCUGUGUUGACGUUGAUCGGCAGAUGGAAGCGGAGAUGAAAUCUGUAGGAGCUAAAGGCCAAACUUUUACUCGUAUGGACUGCAUAAAACAGGCCAUAUCACUAUUCGUUCACUCCAAAUUAACCAUAAAUCCCAACCAUAGGUUCGCCUUUGCGAAAUUGGAUCACUCUGCUACAUGGUGGCAGAGGGAAUUCACGUAUGACCUAAACACCAUAAAUGCAUCAGUGAGGGGUUUGACAACAGAUGCAUUAUACAAAGCCUGUGAUCUCAAUCAGCUUUUCAGAAUGGUUGCCAGUGAGGCUAAGAAGUCCCGUGCUCAAUUUCGAUCUCUGAGAGUGAUUCUUAUAUACUGCAGAUCGUCUGUAGUGCCAGAAUGUCCAUCACAUUGGCCUGAAAACCAAAAACUCUUCACUUUGGAUGUUAUGUAUCUUCAUGAUAAACCAAGUGGAGAGAAUUGCCCACAGAAGGUGUAUGAUGCUCUUGUUGAUGCCCUUGAACGUGUUAGUGAACAUGAAGGAUAUAUAUUUGAGAAUGGUACAGGUAUUACACGUGUUCUUUUUCGAGAUACUUGUAUUCUACUGUCUCAUCCCCAACAGCGUUGUGCACAAGAUGACAAUGACAUUCCAAAGGUUUUGAAGAAAUCCGUUACUCCAGCUGAUGCUACUGCAAGUGGUACAUCAUCACGCAAAGAAGGGAGCAGUACUAUUUCUCAAUAGAACAUCAAGUUGCAGUUGAUUGGUUGACAGGAAUUAUGUUUAUUAAUUACUUAUGACUGAUUUUCUUUCAAUGACGUAGAAAUAAAGAAAGAAAGCAAAAAAGUACAAUAAUUCCCUUAUUUAUUAUCUGUAAUUAUAUUUCUUGGUAGAUAAAAGUGUGAAUUUGUAUUAUUAUUAAUUUUUUUUAAAGAAAUAGUAUUUGGUUGUUGCAAGGAACAAAUUCCUUCUGAACUAGUUUGGCUUCCAUCCUAUCUCAAUGUUUGAAUUUUAUAUUCUGAAAAUGUGAAUUAUCCCUAUGUGGAAGUUCAGGGUGA